AUGUCAGCCCUCAACAAGACGCUCUGCAUCCUAGGCUGCGGCAAUCUCGGCACCGCCAUCCUCACCAGUCUCAUUAGAAAUCCCCCAACCAACUUGUCAACCAACAGUCCCAUCUUCACGAACAUAAUUGCCUGCGUUCGCAGCGCCGCCUCCGAAAUCAGACUCAAGCAGAGUCUGCCCCAAUCCUCCCACAUCUCCACCACAACCACAACCGACACUCCCCCACUAUCUGCAGUCCGCUCCUCCUCAGUAAUCAUCCUGGCCAUCGACCCAGCAGACAUCCAAAAAACACUCACCCAGCCUGACCUCGCCUCCGCCCUCUCCAACAAACUCCUCAUCAGCGUCGCCGCAGGCUGGACCCACGACCAACUCGCCAAAACCCUCUCGCCCCACACAGCCCGCAUCAUCCGCACUCUCCCCAACAUCGCCGCCCAGGUAUCCGAAUCCCUCACCGCAAUCGAAGACACCCCGUCCUCAACAGCCUCCCCAGCCGACAAAUCCCUCACAGACGCCAUCUUCGCCCGCAUCGGCCGCACCGUCCACGUCAAGCCCGCUCACAUGGACGCCAUCACCGCCGUUGGUGGCUCCACCCCUGCCUUCUUCGCCGUCAUAUGUGACGCUAUGAUCGACGCUGCUGUCGCUGUCGGUCUCCCCCGCGAGGUCGCCCAGAUAGCUGUGUUCCAGGCUAUGAAAGGCUCCGCUGCCAUGAUGCAGAGUGGGGUGCUGCCUGCGGCGCUGAGAGACCAGGGCACGUCCCCUGAGGGGUGUACGAUAGCGGGCGUGAUGCAAUUGGAGGAAAAGGGUGUACGGGGUGGUGUUGGGCGGGCGGUUCGUGAGGCUGUUACUGUAGCGAGGUUGAUGGGGGAUGGGGGGCAUGUCAAUGAUACUCGGAGGGAGUAG